GAGGUAGGAAUACAAGGAUAGACUCCAGGAUAAUCUAGAGAUUGAUCUUCGUCAGCUGAAACGGCUGGAUGAGGAAGUUCGAGCGUUGCAUGAGAAGAAUGAGCUGCUCAUUAAAGAAGCCGAGGAACUGCGCGAGAUGAAGCAGAGUUUAGAAAAGGUUCUCCUGGACCAGAAGAAGGUUGCUCAAUACCACCAAACCCUACUCAAGAAAAAAUCCGAUCUGGAGACCAAGAAGGUCCAGUUGAAGAUAUUUCUGGAGGAGGUGAACACGAAGCUGGAGAACAUGGAGCUGACACUGAACCAGCUCAAGGAGGAGAACAGGUGUGUUGGGAAUGUGGGGGUAAACCUGGAGUUACAAGCUGAUAAGCAGCGAAGUAUUUUGCAGACUGAAGAGAGUAUUAAACAACUUCAAAGUGAGAAAUGGCAACUUGAGUUGGAGAUAUAUAGAGACCUGGAGAGUGUAGAGAAGAUCUGUCGUGAAUGUAAUACUAUCAGUAUAGAGAUAGGAUUGAAAUCUGGAGACGAAUUUCUUGCUCUCCCCCCUCCAGCUGUAAAGGAUGGGACGGUUACCCGGCCUCCAGGUUUAUCUACAAUACAGACGGAGCUCUCCAGUCUAGAGAAAGAGCUGAAGAAUAAGAACCAGAUGGAUAACCUGGAGCUAAACAAGAUUAAGACAAGGCUAGAAGCUAACCAGGAUUUGAUGAGGUCUGCCCUCAAGAAGUCUACGUAUUUGAAGGUAGGGGGUGCUAUUGAUAAACUGUGUGAGGUUGAGGGAACCCUAGUGGAAAAGAAGGCAAGGAUUGAAAAAGAAGAAUCCGCUUUAGAUAAGAAAAUUUCAUCCCUCAAGGCUGAGAUGCUUCAGCUUAGAAGUGAUUCACAGGACCACCGAUGA